UGACAUUUUAGCCCCUACGAUCACGGUAGUUUCGAUUUCGCCAUCAAACGUAUCCAUCGAAAAGUAGAAUCAGGGGUAGACUAUUCCAAAAUUGCUGAUACCUAGGCCUUUUAGAAAUGUAGCUUGGCCCUAGAAAGCAUAACUACACUACUUAGACCGCCAAGUUAGGUGAUCUAGGAACAGGCUCUAGGCUCAAUGCUCAAACCUACUAUCAAUGCGGCUAAACUACGAUGCGGAUAGCUUCAAUAAUCGUGGACCGGCAUAGUCCAGUAAAGGAUAAAUUCCAUUUGUUAAGUUUCCCAUCCAAUCACCCAAUCGUAGCCUAGCGAAGCAGGUCACUGCAAAGACUAGUUUCGGGGAUCAUCUUAAGGCUAACCCGUAGGGAGAUAGCAGCAGCAAAAUGCGUCAAGGCGAAUUUACACUAGAUGGUAACGACUCCACAGCAAAUGAAAACGUGAGUGGCUGAUAGGUGCCUUGCAUUACAUACCUGGAUCCGAGAUGAACGACUUCGAUCUUUUCUUUUUCUCUUUCUUCGUACCUACCUUUCUCCAGGGUCGCGUCAUUUGACUUAGGACAAGAUGUCUUAAAGAUUGGUACCUUGUGGAAAUCGUAUUCAACUGAAUCUACCGAACGAUCUGGUAGCACUCCGAGUGAAUCCGGGGAGGACUCGGCGACAAGAUGGACUACUAUGGCAUGGACGCGGAGGCCAUCAGCCGUCUUCCGCACGACAACCGAGCCGGCCAUACGAUAACAGCUGUAGUAUUAUGUAUGCUCUCCGCUACAAUAGCCGUGUGUUUACGAUUAUACACAAGACAUUUCAUUCUAAGGAGAAUCUGGCUCGAUGAUUACAUGGCCCUGGCUGGAAUGAUCGGGAUGAUUUCCAACGGCAUACUCCAAUGCAUACAUACGAGAUACGGAUUAGGUUCUCAUAUAUACGACAUCGAUAGCGAAGAAAAACUCAUUCAAUUUUUUAAAUUCUUUUACGUCACGACGAUCACUUACAAUGCGACCUUGAUGGUAAUAAAAUUCAGUUUGUUCCUCCAGUAUUACCGGCUAAUUCAGGAGGUACCCCGUUACCGUAUAUACUAUAUUUCUACUAUGGCUGUAGUUGGAUGUUGGGUCGUCGCGCAACAGUUCACCUUUAUUUUCCCCUGCACGCCCAUCCGUGACUAUUGGAGUUUUUCGCCCGAUCGCAAGUGCUUGGAUAGCAGCCUCAUCGGAUGGAUGAAUUCCAUAGGCAAUAUUUUAACCGAUGUAAUCAUCCUUGCGCUGCCUGUGCCCGUGGUUGUUCGUCUUAACUUGAAAAGGGAGAAGAUGUGGGCGGUUCUCGGCAUAUUUGCCUUGGGCUUCUUCACAUGUAUCGUAUCGAUAUGCCGUAUGGUAUUCUUCGCCAAGGUGGCCGUGGAUAUCUCAUACGAUCUUGUACCAGUUGCAGCGUGGGGAGAGGCAGAAUCUGCCUCCGGACUCAUAUGUUCAGCGCUCAUCGCCUUCGGACCGCUGUUACGCCGAUUUUCCCGUCGCUUCUGGCCCAUGAAGAAGGGCACGGACACCCCACAGCAGUAUUCGAAAAAGCAUUCGCAGAAAUAUUUCAAUACCACGAACCCCUUUUCACGGCACACGGUGAAUCGGGACAAGAGCUUGUUGAGAACGAACGGUGCUAGGAGGCCUUUCGACGGCAGCGAAACGGAGCUUAACCGCAUGGACCUGGAACGAUCACGCAAACAAGAUGCGCAAGACGACGGAAGGUCGAUCCGAAGUACCAAGUCCUCGGAAUCGAUGCCCAACCUCAAACUUAACCUCCAAACGGGGAUAAGAACGAUUAUAACUACGGGGAAUCGCGAUAGCGUACAUUCCCAGUCGUUACCCAUGGCACCUGACGGCAUCAUAGUAAAACAAGUGUGGUCCGUUGGGAAUCGAGAGACAGGUAGUGAAGACGACAGCUGAGAUAUAGAAUUAAUACAAAGAUCAAAGUAAUACCAUAGUGCUUCCACAUACCGUAAUAACUGGGGAGGUUAACUCGAAAAUAUACGCCUCUAUGAUGAAUUACCUUCAUAUGAACUCAAGGCAUAGAAUGUCAUCGGCACCUAGUUUACAAACUUUCGGUUCUACACGACUCCCCGACUAUGUUGGGUGAGCACGACUACUACCCAGGUGGUAUUUAGUUCUUUGAUGUUAAGAUAUGCAAGCACAUUUAAAAUAUGGACUGUACCUUGGUCUCGGUUUACCUACCGGAAUAUCCAUGCCUUUGCGCCUGGACUUCGGAUCAUUAUUGUCUGUCUUGGCCUUCUUAGGCGCUGUGCUAAUG